CAGAGGGUAAAGGCUAUUCCUCUUUCGAUUCAGAAUACAUACAGCCAUCUUGGAUCUAACGUAGCGAAGGGAAAUUGAUGCGGUGACAAAAGGCAUGUUUGGUGCUAGAAAGAAAUUUGUAGAGUUCGUCGAGGUAGUCGAUAACGACUUUACUGAUGAAAGCAUGUACUACAACCAGCCGUCGAUGUUUCCACAUCGGUCGGACAAGGAUAUGCUGUCCUCUCCCUCACCAUCAUCGUCAGGUCAGCUGUCACAGCUUGGUGCAAGUUUGUAUGGUCCACAAAGUGCACUUGGAUUUUCGGUAAGGGGUAUGGGCAACAAUACACCUCAGUUAAACCGAAACCUAUCGCAAGGCACCCAGCUACCAAGUCAUAUCACCCCCACAACAGGGGUUCCCACCAUGUCCCUCCAUACACCUCCAUCACCGAGCAGGGGGACAUUGCCAAUGAACACGAGGAACAUGCUGAACCACUCGCAAGUCGGUCAAGGCAUUGGGAUGAGUGGCAGGACCAAUAGUAUGAGCAGCUCAGGGCUUGGCAGCCCCAAUCGCAGCUCACCAAGUAUCAUCUGUAUGCCCAAGCAACAGCCAGCACGCCAGCCUUUCACCAUAAACAGCAUGUCAGGUUUUGGAAUGAACCGCAAUCAGGCUUUUGGGAUGAACAACUCAUUAUCAAGCAACAUUUUCAAUGGCACAGAUGGAAGUGAAAAUGUAACAGGCCUGGAUCUGUCAGACUUCCCUGCAUUAGCAGACCGGAGUCGGAGAGAAGGGGCUGGAAACCCAACACCAGUGCUCAGCCAGUUGUCUGGACGAGCUCCUUAUGUUGGCAUGGUGACCAAACCAUCAACUGAUCAGACACCGGAUUUCUCCAUCCACAACGAGGAUUUUCCUGCACUGCCUGGUCCAAACUAUAAGGACCCUACGUUGAACAACGACGACAGCAAAACUAACCUGAACUCAACAAACAAGAAUACAUCCAAUGCAGAUGGGCCCAAGUUCCCCGGAGACAAGACUGCCUCAGCACAGAACAACAACCAGAAGAAAGGGAUCCAGGUGUUGCCCGAUGGUCGGGUGACAAACAUUCCUUCAGGAAUGGUGACAGACCAAUUUGGCAUGAUUGGCUUGCUAACGUUUAUUCGGGCAGCAGAGACUGAUCCAGGAAUGGUCCAACUGGCAUUAGGAAGUGACCUCACGACACUGGGACUCAACUUAAACUCACCAGAAAACUUGUAUCCCAAGUUUGCCUCUCCUUGGGCUUCAUCACCUUGUCGACCUCAGGACAUUGACUUCCAUGUUCCAUCUGAAUACUUAACCAAUAUCCACAUAAGGGACAAGUUGGCUGCAAUUAAACUGGCGCGAUACGGUGAAGACCUGCUGUUCUAUCUGUACUACAUGAAUGGUGGAGACCUGCUACAGCUUCUGGCAGCAGUAGAGCUCUUUAACCGGGACUGGCGGUACCACAAAGAGGAGCGAGUUUGGAUCACACGAGCACCUGGCAUGGAGCCUACACUGAAGACCAACACCUAUGAGAGGGGAACGUACUACUUUUUUGAUUGUCUUAACUGGAGAAAAGUAGCCAAGGAGUUUCAUCUCGAGUAUGACAAGCUGGAGGAGAGGCCUCAUGUGCCAACAACAUUCAACUACAACCCAGCCCAGCAGGCCUUCUAAGGCCCGACCAGUCCAAAGGCCACAGCUGUUCCUGCACAACGCUGUUGUCAUGGGAGAGCGCUGUGAUUCACACAGCUUGGUUUUAAUUCCUUGAGGAUUUGGUUAUUUGACUGCGGGGGUCGUCGCCACCAUCAAAACUGCCCUGCCUUUCCAAUUUACAUGCUGCCCAAAACACCAACACUUGUUCUGUUUUUAUUCUUUAUGUUCCUCCUGUUUUUUUUUUUUUUUUUUUUUGGUCUUGUUUUGAGCAGGGUCUGUGUUAUGUUUACGUCUCUGAAUCUGAAGCCUGUUUUCUCCCAGAAAGGAGGACUGACCUUGUGGCACAGGACAGUGACAGAACAAGGGUUACACCUCACAUUUACAAGUGUUAAGAACAGGUAGAAGUGGAAAAAACAAACUUAACAGAGCUCCAUCCUCAGAAGCAGGUAAAAGGGUGAAAGAAAUGCAAUGUUUAUUGUUGCACUAUGUUUAGUAAUAAAAGAACACAAAAUUUGUUUGUGCUUUUUUAUGUGAACACUCCCUGAUAACAUUCUUUUUCAUUUUGGUUCAGGGAGUACUUGAAACUCAUUCACAUGCAUCUCUUUUCAUCUCAUCCAUUUUUGUCCUUUUCAUUUAUGUUGAUUCCUUCAACUUCUGUAUUCACAUCACCAGACCGCUUUCUGUCUUUUCACUUCUUCUCCGUCUCUGUGAGUUUGGUGCCAGUCAAACAUGGACACAAAUCUGGGAGACUACUGUUGUUUCCACAAACGUGGAUGAGCCCUCAGAGAGGCUAAACCGCUACACAAUGUUGCUUCAGAGCAAACAAAACACUUUCCAGUCUUUGUUACAAUUUUGUAAGAAAUGUGUACAUUUUUUUCUUUGCAUCACAUAAAUUAGUAUAUGUAUGUACGAAUGUGUAUAUAUGAUUGCUAUAUAUAUAUAUAUGUAUGUAUAUAUAUAUAUAUGACAUCUAUUUUGGAAGAAAUUUUGCCCUGCCUUGUACCUCGUUUUUAUGAGGUGAGCAUGGAUGCAAUAUGUGGACGUAACAGGACAUUUCUGGAUCUGCUGGACAGGGUGUCACAUGGCACUGUGGGCACUUACAUCAAAGUUAUACAAAAUUAAAGCGUCAUUUAAGGAAAGGCCUGAUUCUCAGCCAAAAAUAUGGGAAAAAAAACCCAUCAAAACAAACUUGGUGAUCAUCCCUAAAGUUUCAUGUC